UUUGCCGGUUUGGGUGCAGGUAAACGUUGCUUAUUACAGUCCAAAUACCUAAACGAGAAAAGCAGUCUUAUCCCCUCUCUAUCAUUUCAAUUCCACUACUGAGUCACCAAUCAAGCACCUUCAAUGGCUGCCGCUUCAGCCACAUUCAUCGCCGCCACCUUAUCCUCACUCACCGUCAACCCCCUCCGCCGCCAGCUGUCUCCUCCCACCUCCCACCGCCUCCAUACCUCCUCCUCGAAACCCCCUUUCUCUCUCCUCUCCAAACCCUCGCACAAACUAUCGCCCCCGCUAGCUAACUCCUCCGACCAAGACACGACAUUCUUCGACGCCGACGACCCCGACGAGGUCAACACGUUCAGCCCUCCAGAGCAGCCGGAGGGCUUCGUCCCACCGCCGUCGUUCGACGAGGGCCCGGAGAUGUCAGAGGAAGAAAUCGCCCGGGCCUACGAGGAGAUCUACGGGCCGGCCUACAGCGGGGAGUCCUAUCUCGGCAACGAUGUGUACGUGAUGGACUCGAAGCUGAAGAAGAAGAAUGUCCAGAAGGAGAAGGUGAGGGAUGGGUUCGAGGAGAGAGUCGUCCAAGUUCGGAGGGUGACCAAAGUUGUAAAGGGAGGCAAACAGCUGAAUUUCAGGGCAAUUGUGGUGGUUGGGGAUAAACAGGGCAAUGUUGGGGUUGGUGUUGGGAAGGCCACGGAAGUUGUGACGGCUGUGCAGAAAUCGGCUGUUAAUGCUAGAAGGAACAUAACUACCGUUCCCAUGACCAAGUACAAGACAUUUCCUCACAGGGCUGAGGCAGACUAUGGGGCAGCAAAGGUGAUGCUGAGGCCAGCAUCUCCUGGUACAGGUGUCAUUGCUGGGGGAGCUGUGAGAAUCGUGCUUGAGAUGGCUGGUGUUGAAAAUGCUCUUGGGAAACAAUUGGGCAGCAAAAAUGCCCUCAACAAUGCUCGGGCAACAGUUGUUGCAGUCCAGAAGAUGAGGCAAUUCAGGGAGGUCGCUGAAGAGCGUGGCAUCCCCAUGGAAGAAUUAUGGAAGUGACUUUUCGUUAUAUUUGCUACUUGUUCAUGGUAAUUGCUUACUGUCUCUUUCUUCAUUGUAGAGAACUCACAAGAAUUUUUUUGUAGAGCUUGUAUUUCUGAUGUGGUUGUAUUCAUGGAUUCUUGUUCAGCAACUUUGUUAUUUAUUCUGGCUUAUCAUAAUGCAGCAUUUGGUUUUACCUAGUUUUUUACCCAGUUGCAGGAUAGUUAACAAUCAAGGAAAAAAGAAAAAAAAAACGGAGAGAAAGUUAUACGCAUAAAGGCAAUUAUAAAGGCAAGAUUCCAGGAAAGAUAUUCGGUUGGCCUAUAAAGGCAAUUAUAAGCAACCGUGUGAUCUGUUUUAUCUUAGGCCAUUAGGGAUUUCUAGUUUCUUUGUGCCUCUAUAACGCUUUUCAAUAUAUAUGUGUACUUGUUAAUGGACUGAACCCAUCAGUCUCCGAAAGCUAUAAGAAAGCGGUCAUUGAAAUGGUAAUGCUCUUUUGAAAUACAGCGAAACUCUGGUUUGUUUUUCCAAAAAUGGUAUACUAGGAUGCAUACAGUGAAAUAUGAAACUGG